GAUGAACACAAAAUAAACCAAUAUGGAGGAAGUCAAGGUACUAGGGUUCUGGGCAAGUCCAUAUCCUUACAGGGUUAUGUGGGCUCUGAAACUCAAGGGUGUUGAAUAUGAAUAUGUAGAAGAAGACAUAUUCAAUAAGAGUGAUUUGCUUCUUCAGAGUAACCCAGUGCAUAAGAUGGUUCCAGUGUUUUUUCAUGGUGGAAAAAUAAUUGCAGAGUCCACUGUUAUUCUUGAGUACAUCGAAGAGACGUGGCCUGAGAACCCUCUGCUACCAAAUGACCCUUAUGCAAGGGCCAUGGCUCGGUUUUGGACCAAGUUCGGAGAUGACAAGAGGCAAAACUUUUUGGGAUUCCUUAAAAAAACUGGAGAUGAGCAAGCAAAAGCAGCAAAAGAGGCCCAAGAACUUCUGACAAUCUUAGAACAGCAUGGCCUUGGGGAGAAAAAGUUUUUCGAUGGCAACAAGGUCGGGAUGACAGACUUAGCCUUUGGAUGGAUAGCAUUCUGGCUUGAGGCCAUCGAAGAAGCAGCUGGUGUACAAGUAAUGGAAGUCAAUAGCUUCCCUCGCUUACAGGCAUGGAUUAAAAAUUUCAAGGAAGUUCCUGUGAUUAAAGGAAAUCAUCCUGAUAAGAGCCGCCUGUUAGCUUAUUUGAAACAACUAAGGGAGAAAUGGGGCGUAUGUUCUUUCAACUCAUAGACUGCAAGGAGACAGGUUCUGUAAGUGAAUACAUGCUGGGUUGUGGGGCUAGCUUUGUGCGUUUUUAGCCUUAGCUUCUGACAGCAAAGGUUCAAGUUCACCUUUUCGGUAUAGCUUCACAGUAUCUGCAUAUCAGAAUAAAGAGCAACAUUAGAAUUAAAAUAUUUUCCCUUUGUUCAACUUCUUUUUUAAUCUUUUCACUUUGUGUCACCAGAGAUUUUAUAACUAGCUAGCAGCACCAACACGAAGAUACACAAUUUUUUAUUCAGAAAGGGAAGAGUUCUUUGUACUGCAUAUUUGCUUGUUUAUUGAACUUUUGCGUGCACAUUGGUCAUGUAUGUUUUUAUGAGUAUUAUAAUCCUUAGACCCUACAUGGAGUUGAACCCU